UCAUGCCACAAGUCAAACACUUUGAGCAAGAGACACGACUCUGUCACUCGGCCGCAUCAGCAGUCAGGAAGGUCUCGACCCGGCUCGUCUCCAGCAGCCAUUCUCACAUCGGUCACCGGGCAGACUUCGGAUUCGCACCGACAACCAGCGGGGCAACGAUUUGACACAAGCGGCGACAUGAUGGUUUCCACGGCGAGGGCAGUGUUGUGUCUGUGCGUCUGGCUUUCUGCAUGUCCGGUCCAAGGCUCCCACGUCUCAGCAAGGAUGAACAGAACCAUACAGAACCUCCUGCUGCACUACAAGAUUCCACCUAAAGACAGAUUUAACGGGAAACCCGUCUUCUCCAGGGAGCCGCUCGCCGGGAAGGUUGAGACGAAGAAGCUGUUCAUGGUCGGCGUCUUGGAGACGUACGAGAAGCUGAUUGGCCAGAUGUUGACGCAUCUGCCGACCCCGAAUCCCCCGACAACCGGGAUUCACGUCCGUCUCGGUGCCGCCACCGCCGCCGCCACCGCCCCGGGGGCAGGCGGAGAAGUGGGGAAGGAGCUGAACUUCAUCCUGAAGAAGGUCCAGGAACUGAGGAAACACCGCUACCAGGAGCAGAGCGAACUCCUGCAGGGGCUGGAGGCCCUCGGGAAGAUCCAGAUGGAUAACUUUGUGGUCCAGAGCAAAGCAUUGUGGGAGCUCCCGUGGCUCUACGAGGAGGCGAGCUCCAUCUCCAACGACGCCAAGAUGCAGCGGAGGCGCCGGCGCCGUCAAACACGGAAGCUGAAAACUCCUCCGAGCGCUUGAGACGCGAAGACGCUCGACAACAGUGAUGGUGAAGGGCGAAUUUAAAAAUGGAUGAAAAAACUUAUAUCAGUAUUUUUUUAUUUUCUGUUUUAGGAAGUUGUUAAAAAGACUAUUUCAUGGAUAUUUAUUGCAGUGAACCAGCAGCCUAAGCCUAUGAUGAUGAAUUCAUAUAUUUUCUUACAGUUCGGUGUUUGAUACUUGAAACAGCAGCGUGGUGAAAAGAUCCGCAGAGCUGAUUAUGAUCAAUAGUUUUCAAUACGGAGUUUCAGUCUGACCUGCAGAUAAAGUUCAGUGAUCGAUAACUGUCGGCUGAUCAUUCGAAUUUUAUUCUGUGUUAAAUUACUUUUUAUUCUAAUAAUAUUAUACUGUAAUCUUGAGAAUUUACGUUCUGAGAAUUUUUAUAAAAAUAACUGAUGAAAUUACGUACGACCAGACAAAUGUGUAGAUUUCCACUGAGUGAAACUCCGACUCGAUGUUCUCUGAUUGGUGGAGAGGCGGCUGGCGUGAAAUCACAAGUGAAAUAUAACAUAUACAAUAUUUCACAAGUCAAGUGAAAUGUGUAAAUACACAACAUAUUUAUUAAAAUGUUAUACGUAUGAAUAUCACCUGAAAUUAUUGUAUUGAGAUGUUUAACAUUUGCUCAGAGUAGAUUUUUAUUUUUAAACCUUGAAGAACUCUGGGGUCAUUUUUACUUCUUUUUAAAAAGAAGUAAAAAUUCAUAUUGAAUAGUGAAAGUAAACAGGACCGCCGCCGCCUCUCCACUGUACUGCCGAAGAGAACCAAUGAUGUUUACAGUACAAAGUACACAGUUUAUUGCGGAUGUACUGUGAUCACUUCACCGCAGUAUGAAUACUCUGCAGCUGUAGAAGUACGAUCAUCUUUUGUAUUUUCCUGACAUUGUCGUAAUUUUAUAUAUUUAUUUGUUUUAUUUAAAACUGAAUGAUUAUUUAUUACUUAUUUAUUGAUUGGCACAUGCAGAAAAAUGCAACUCAAUAAAACAGCACGAACCUCA